GCCGAGUAAAGUAUAUAUACAAAAAAGUGAUUGAAGCUGUAUUAAUUCCGACGAACAGUGUGCAUCAUCACCGAGUGAAUUCAUUGCUGAUUAAAAUAUCGGGAAAUGAAGUGCCGGUUUGCUGUUGAAUACAGUCAGUCGAAUUGCGAAAGAGAAUUCUUACUACUCGGAGAUAAUUGUAUAGCAUCAUCAUAAGUCAUGGAGAACUUUGUAAAGAUCGAAAAAAUUGGGGAAGGGACUUACGGUGUUGUAUACAAAGCGAAGGACAAACUUACCGGGAAACUGGUAGCUCUUAAAAAGAUUCGCCUCGAAACGGAAAGCGAAGGCGUACCAUCUACAGCUAUUCGAGAAAUAUCGUUAUUAAAGGAACUUACUCACCCGAAUGUUGUUCAGUUGUUGGAUGUUGUUCACUGCGACAAGAAGCUCUACCUUGUAUUUGAAUUUCUUCAACAGGACUUGAAAAAAUUAUUAGAUUCUACCAAAGCUGGUUUGAGUCACAGUAUUGUAAAGAGUUAUUUACACCAAUUAUUGAAAGGCAUUGCAUUUUGUCACGUUCAUCGGGUCUUACACAGGGAUUUAAAACCACAAAACCUACUAAUAGACAAAGAGGGAUACAUAAAAUUGGCAGAUUUUGGACUUGCUAGAGCGUUUGGAGUUCCUGUACGAACGUUCACACACGAAGUUGUAACCCUGUGGUAUAGAGCUCCAGAGAUUCUUCUCGGAACUAAGUUCUAUUCAACAGCAGUCGAUGUCUGGAGCUUAGGAUGUAUUUUCGCAGAAAUGGCAACAAGGCGAGCAUUAUUCCCUGGCGAUUCAGAAAUAGAUCAACUGUUCAGAAUAUUUCGGACUUUGGGAACUCCAGACGAAACUGUUUGGCCUGGAGUUUCGCAACUUCCUGACUACAAGUCAAUGUUCCCACGAUGGGAUGCACGAAGUUUCAACGAAGUUGUUCCAUCGUUUGACAAUGAUGCUGAAGACUUGCUCUUGAAACUAUUAACCUACGAUCCCAGCAAGAGAAUAACAGCUAGGAUGGCGUUGUCCCAUCCUUACUUCAACGGAGUGGAACUAGUUCCACCUCCGCUCAUCAAGAAAGACUGAUGACUGGUAAUACCGAACUAUUAAUAUGCAAUAACAUUCGAGCAAUUCACGUUUUUUAAAAUAAAUAGAAUUUGAAUUACAAAGAAAUUCGACGCUACUUUCAAGUACGAUUUGUAUGGUAGGAAAAAAAAAACGUGUGUAUGCUUCAGAUAUUGAUAAAACCAGAUAUUUUUAUCUUUUUGUGCAAUGUGCUAAAUUCAGAUGAAUGAUUACCCUUGGAAUUUGGAACAGGGGUGUCGAUAAUUGCAAGGUGAUUACUGACUAUCUAAUGCCUUUUUGCUCUGAGUAAAUACAGUUACAAAUAUGAUUGUAAGAUGAAAUAUCGUGACAAAUAUGAUGAAAAAUUGUUCUGGAGACAGGGCAUUCUUUUUAAAAUAUCAAUGAGAAUAUUUUUGAUAACAAUAUUAAUACAAUGAAAAAAAAAAAAAAUUAUAAUAUCGUUAUGUAUAACAACGUGAUAACGACGUUACGGAAAUGUAGAAUAUUUUUAU